GCGGUUAAAUUUUAGUGGAGUUGUCAAAGAUAUAUUCUUGGAGAAAGCCACGUGGCGGCACCACAACGAUCGGGAGACAAAAGCUAAGGCUCGCAAAAAGACUCCGUGGCUCAAGUCUUCGCCUCCCCAAACCCGAAAGUAAACAAAAAACCCAAACCUUACGACUUGACCAUUGCUAAAGCCCCCACUCUCUCUCUCUCUCUCUCUCUCUACAACCUAGGGUUUCACCAGUCCCUGAUUCUCUUCUUAAUUCCGAAUUCCGAAUCGGAUUGAUCACGCACUCCGAGAUCGGUUCUAGCCUCGAUUCUUUUGCAAAACUUUCAUGGAGGUACCGGGGAUGGAAGAGAUCAAGAAGUCUGAGGCUCAUUUGACAUCAGCAGCAGCUUUUGUUGAGGGUGGCAUCCAGGAUGCUUGUGAUGAUGCUUGCAGUAUAUGCCUUGAAGCUUUCUGUGACAGUGACCCUUCAACGGUGACUAGUUGCAAGCAUGAGUUUCAUCUUCAAUGCAUUCUUGAAUGGUGCCAAAGAAGCUCCCAAUGCCCUAUGUGUUGGCAACCCAUCAGCCUGAAGGAUCCCACCAGCCAAGAGCUACUGGAGGCUGUAGAGCGGGAGAGGAGUUUUAGGUUUAAUCCAUCCAGAAAUGCUACAAUAUUUCAUCAUCCGACUCUUGGGGAUUUUGAAUUGCAGCAUUUACCAGUGGGUGCUAGUGAUGCUGAACUAGAGGAACGUAUUAUUCAGCACUUAGCUGCUGCCGCUGCAAUGGGUCGAGCACGCCACAUUUCUAGGAGGGAAGGCCAGAGAAAUAGGGCAUCAGCUCAGGGUCGACCUCAGUUUCUUGUAUUUUCGACCCAUCCUAAUGCACCAUCUGCCACUCCUGCUUCUUCCUCCCCAGAUCAGAGUGGGGAAGCUGAGCCAAUUCCUGCAAUUACAGUAGCUUUACCAUAUCCUUCAAACGCAGGUGAAGAAUCAUCACAACAGACUGCUUCAAGUUCACUUCCUUCUAGCCAAGCUGAACCUGUAUCAGCCUCAGCAUCUGGAUCAAGUGUUGUUGCCAACCAACAGGGAUCUUCCCUGAGUAAUAGGAGGUCAUCGAGUCAGUCAUCUCCAAGUAGUCAGGAUAGAGCUGGACCAUCAGAUUUCCAAUCCUUUUCAGAAUCUCUAAAGUCUCGAUUCAAUGCAGUAUCAAUGAGAUAUAAGGAGUCAAUUUCAAAGAGCACAAGAGGUUGGAAGGAGAGAUUGUUCUCUCGCAACACCUCCAUGUCAGAUCUUGGUUCUGAAGUUAAAAGGGAAGUUAAUGCAGGAAUUGCAACUGUAUCACGAAUGAUGGAGCGUCUGGAAACCAGGGAUAAUAGUAGAACCAGUGAUGCAUCCGUAUCAAAUAGUUUAGAUAGUGCAGCUCCAGCAUCAGACAACCGACAGACAUCAGAUACUGAUGGUGACAAUUCUUUGGGUGAUACAAAUGUAAAGGCGUCAUGUGCUGCAGGUUCUAGUUCAAAUUAAGCUUAUUCGGCAAUUGAAUCAGCUCAGCGCAUUUCUCAUUUAGAGGUGGAAUCUUAUUGUUCUUUUUUUCCCAGUAAUGAGAUGCUGCGAUAUGAUGCUUUGCCAUCCGUCUCACUCACACCAGUGGAUAAAUCAUAAAAUGCUUUUACAAUUAGAAAAAGCUAAUUGGUGGUGUGAUUGUCAAUAAGAGAACUGUGGAAAGAAAAGUUCAUCACUCAACGAAGAAACCAGUUGUAAAUCAGUUUGUAUCAAAUAACUUAUUUAUGAAUAUAUUACUGAGCAGUGCUUGCUAAUGUAGUAGUUCUAAAGAUGUUAAAAAUGUUCAAUUAUAUUUGAAGUUUAAUAUUAAUGUAGAAGAAUUCCUUC